CUAUAAUAUCGUGAUCACCCCACGCCGUACCUGUCUGUCACCGUCCAUUCCCAUCCCAUCCCAUCCCACUCCACCAGUCCACACCGCAGCAGCACUCCAGUGAGCUCGAAACCGAGAGGGCAAGAAGAGGAGGAACCGAUACAGCACUACAGGCAACCAUGGAGGUGGUGACCGGCAGCAACGGCGGGAGGCUGAACCCGUGGGCGGAGCCCUUCGUGCCGGGGAGCUGGUGCCGCCCCGCCCCCGUGGAGGCUGCGGCGUCGGCGGAGGUCGAGGACUUCUCCCCCGAGUGGUGGCGCCUCGUCGCCUCCUCGCCGUCCUUCCGCGACAGCUGGCUCCGCGACUACGGCGACAUGGGUCUUCUGGACGCCGACGAGUGCCCGGACGACGGCGACGCCUUCUUCCCUCCUCCGGCGCUGCCGCGCAACGAGGGAGAGGGGAGGAAGGAAGAAGCCGCCGUCAAGAAGAGUGGGGGCGAGGUGGCGCCCUGGGGGAUCGAGAAGUGGUGGCGGGCGCACGUCGCCUCGCCGCCGGAGGUCCCGAAGUACGCGGAGAAGGCGCCUGCUAAGGUCCUCGGCGGCGGCGGCAGGUUCAGCCCCCGCACCAUCCAGCAGCCUCGCUAAGGGACCGGCGAAUCUCGUCGCUCCGUGUCCAUCCACCGAGAUCUUGGCAUAAAUGAGGAAAAUAUACUAGAAAAAAAUAGUAAUCCUAGUUGUUCUGCGAGCUCUCCUGCUCCGGAUAAUCUUGUUGUGUCGUUGUAGUUUGAGUUUUCAGCCAAAGAUCGGGCGAAGGUCAAUUGCGCUGCGUAUGUACAGUUGUCUGUAAAUGGUGUAGUCUGUAAUAAGAUGCAGUGAUACAAUGGCUAUUCAGUGCAAA